GCUGCGCUGGCCUCCAGAACAACAUGGACUUACAACAGGACUGCACUAACAGACCAGGCGGUGGGGGUGGAGUUGGAGUGGCUGGGGAGAAGAAACCAGACAACAACCACAACCACAACCACAGCUUCAACCACAAGGAUGGUGCAACCACCGAGCCAAGCGUGGCAUUCACACCGAGAACUACGCACCCUCUGCGCCAAGCUCUGCCCCAGGUGCUUGCUACAACAGCCAAGAACAUCUUGCUGGUGGGCUAUGGGAUGACUCUUGGCUUUCCCACCAUAGUGAUCCCUGCCAUCAUGUCUGUGGACCCCCUAACCAACAGCAAUAUCACCAACACAGCUGGUAACAUGACUGACAACAUCGUACAUCAUCACGACCAACUUUACCUCACCAAGGACCAGAUCUCGUGGUUCAGUAGUAUCAACCUGAUCUGUGUGCCGGUGGGUAGCCUGUUGUCUGGUGUUCUAACGCAGCCGUUCGGCCGCAAGCCAUCCAUGAUCACGCUCAACCUUCCGUUCAUCGCAGCAUGGCUUGUGUACCACUGGGCUAGCAGCGUGGCCAUGCUCUACACAGCUCUUGUCCUCACAGGCUUCAGUGGAGGUGUGCUUGAAGCUCCUGUGUUGACAUAUGUUGCUGAGAUCACACAACCACAUCUCCGAGGCAUGUUGUCCGCCACUGCCUCCAUGUGUGUUAUUCUCGGAGUGUUUCUACAGUUUGUCCUCGGUAUCUUCCUACCGUGGAGGUCCGUGGCUCUGGUCAACAUAGUGUUUCCCAUCCUUGCUGUCUGCGCACUCUGCUGUGUUCCAGAGAGUCCUCACUGGCUUAUUGGCCAAGGCAGAAUCCGUGAAGCAGAACGAUCGCUCCAAUGGCUCCGAGGCUGGGUGACUCCGGCGGAGGUACAGACAGAGCUGUCCAUGCUGGUCAAGUCCAUCCAAAGCUCUGCGGCACAGCACCAACAGUCCAAGACCUGGCAGCCUUUUCUCCGUCGCACCUUCCUACGACCCUACGCUAUAGUCUCUCUCGCAUUCUUUGUUGGACACAUGGGAGGCAUGACUACGUUGCAGACAUUUGCAGUGAGCAUAUUUGCAGAACUGGGGACUCCCAUGGACAAGUACAUCGCCACCAUGCUGUUGGGGCUGGUGGAGCUGGUAGGGGCCCUGGUGUGUGUAGUACUGGUACACUGGACAGGCAAGCGGCCCCUGGCAAUGGUCUCCCUGGUUGGCAACACUGUCUGCUUUGUAGCUGUUGCAUUCUAUGCCAAUUGGUACCGCUACAACCAAGAUGUAGAUGACUACAACUGGCUACCUACAGUACUUCUCGUGUCUGCAGCUUUCCUCACCCACACAUGCAUCAGGUUACUGCCUUGGAUUCUUGUUGGCGAGGUUUACCCUCCUGAGGUGCGAGGCACAGCCAGUGGGGCGUCAGGUUCUAUUGGAUACAUCUUUGGCUUCGUGGCUAACAAGACGUACUUCUUCACACUGGACACUCUGUCGCUGGCCGGCACGUUUGGUCUGUAUGCAGCUGUGAGCCUGGCAGGAGCUGUCAUAUUGUAUCUGGUCCUUCCUGAGACCGAGGGAAGGACACUUCAGGAGAUACAGGAGCAUUUUGCGGGAACUAGAAAUCUGAUGAAGGAACGAAGAACAAAGUCCGGGAAUGGUUCCAAGUGGGCUGCGGACAAUCCUGCGCUGGAAAACACAGAAAGUCACCUCUGAUACGCAGACUGUGGAAACAGCUGAUAAAAAGAGGGGUGCGAGGAAGACUGAGAACAGCUGAUCAUAUAAGAAUCACUUUUAUAGUGUUCAAAGAAAGUGAAAUAAGUACUCUAAAAGUCUUCCAACUGUUAUUGAUGUGGGUAAAGAAUAAGUAUUUUUUUAUAUGAUUUUACUAGAGAAACAUGUUAAAGUUUUAAUUAAGUGUCUAUAAAAAACAUUACAAACCUGUCCGAGAGAUGUUUACAAAAAACUAUUUUACCUUUGAAUAAUCGUUUAGAGUUUAUUUGGCUUUUUAUAUUAUUUUUACUACAAUAUAUGUACAUAAUAUCUUUAUUUAAGCAAAUUACCCUUAUGAACUCUAAAGAGUAGCAGCUGAAGCAUGCAAAAUAAAUUCAUACCUUACACAUUAGUAUUAAGAGAUCCAAUCUUUUUGUAGACUUUUAACAGUUAAUAAAUUAUUACAUUUUUAGGAA